UGCAGUUCUACAUCAAACUGUAUUAAAACUCUCAUUAUGCAUUUGCCUGUGUUGUUGCAGAGCUAAAUCUUUAUUAUUGGUAGAGAAUAUGCACAUAGCUGCACGUGCACGCGUGAGGAAACGAGGAUACCCUGCUGCCACUGCUGCAAGAAAGAGAGAGGGGACUCUGCCGUGCUUUCAUCAAUAUAAUCACCAUCCUAAGUACUAGCUCUUAACAUUUUGUUUUUCGGUGUUCAGGCGAGAAGUGACAAGAAUAUAGACCCCUCCUCUGCAGGGCGGAGCGUGCAUUUUCAUUUCGUAUUUUGUAUUUUGUAUUUUUUUUUCUACCCCUGUUCCCUGCUCUGACACGUCUGCACUGAGUGAGUGGCAUUGGCACACUGUCAAUCGCUCACUACCGCUGCCAUCAAACAACAUAAAACACACACAGGCAGAGGCUGGAGCUCAUAAAUUUCAGCAGGGCAAGAUAUUUUUUUUCCGCAUCGCCUUUAUACAGCGUUGUAUCCUAAUUAAUUUCUUCUCGUGGUUGCUUUUUUUUUUUCCAACCAGAAAUCUCUCAACUUUUUUGUACAUUUCAUAUUUUUUAUAGUCACAUUUGGACACCUUAUGCCGCAGAUUGUGUAUUUUUUUUUAAUAUUGUCAGUUCUCGCAGGAAUCAUUUCUGCACAUUUAUAGUUGGCAACACCUGCAAGAUUUUUUAUUUGUUUACACGUUUCCACAUUGGAUAUUUUUGUUGCCGGUGCUUCACUAGGACGAUUUGGACAUUUUGGAGAAGGAAUGCGCCGGGAAUCCCAUGAAGAGCGCUAAUAAAUGAGAGAUCAUCAAGGAGCGUUUGUGUCUCUACCACCCGUCAAGUCCCAGAGAAAAGACAGAUUGGCAUGAGGAUUCGUGCGGGAUACGAUGGACCGUCAAUUUUGACAAAGAAGUGUUAAGAAGAAGAAACAAGAUUUAUGCAUUUUUCUACAAACAUAGACACGCGUUUUGGCACUUUGGACCGCGCGUAAAAAAAAAAAAAAAGCGAGAGGACAGCGAGAACUUGGACACAAGAUUUACGCUAAAAAUCUCACUGGCUUUUUUUUUAAACGUGUGCGCUCUGUAUCGCUGAAGAAUCUCAGCCGUGAAACCCCUUCUUGUCUGCGGCACAUGCUAUAACCGAUUUCGUAUAUGAGUUUUUCAAUUUGUGUGGCUCAGUGCACAGACUCUUUAGCGGCUACUAUGGACGAUCAAGCCCGAAUCAUGCAGUCGAUCGGCGGUGUCAGUCUGGCUGGUCACUCGGUACAAGGAGGCAUGGCUUUGCCGCCUCCACAUGGACACGACGGUUCAGACGGAGACGGAAGAAAACAAGACAUUGGUGACAUUCUCCAUCAAAUAAUGACCAUAACUGAUCAAAGUCUGGACGAGGCGCAAGCAAAAAACAGGAAACAUGGGCUGAACUGUCACAGAAUGAAACCAGCACUCUUCAGCGUUCUCUGUGAAAUCAAAGAAAAGACAGGUCUCAGCAUCCGUGGUUCCCAGGAGGAGGACCCCCCAGACCCCCAGCUCAUGCGUUUAGACAACAUGCUGCUGGCAGAGGGCGUGGCGGGGCCAGAGAAAGGCGGCGGAUCUGCUGCCGCCGCAGCAGCGGCAGCCGCGGCCUCCGGCGCGGCGGGAGACAACUCCAUCGAACAUUCCGACUACAGAGCCAAACUCACCCAGAUCAGACAGAUCUACCACACGGAGCUGGAGAAAUACGAACAGGCGUGUAACGAAUUUACUACCCAUGUGAUGAACCUGCUGAGGGAACAGUCUCGCACGCGGCCCAUCUCUCCCAAAGAGAUUGAGCGCAUGGUGGGAAUCAUCCACCGUAAAUUCAGCUCCAUCCAGAUGCAACUGAAGCAGAGCACCUGCGAAGCUGUCAUGAUCCUGCGCUCCAGAUUCCUUGAUGCCAGGCGGAAAAGGAGAAACUUCAGCAAGCAGGCGACGGAAAUUUUGAACGAAUAUUUCUACUCGCACCUCAGCAACCCGUAUCCGAGCGAGGAGGCUAAAGAGGAGCUGGCCAAGAAGUGCAGCAUCACAGUUUCCCAGGGGGUGGGAAGCACCAUCACAGUAUCACAGGUAUCCAACUGGUUUGGCAACAAAAGGAUCCGGUACAAGAAAAAUAUCGGCAAGUUUCAGGAAGAAGCCAACCUGUAUGCUGCCAAGACUGCUGUAAAUGCAGCACACGCUGCAGCCGCUGCAGUGCAGAACAGCCAGGCCAACUCCCCUACCACACCCAACUCCGGAUUCCAGAUGAAAGAUGAAGAGUUUCAGCUGGAUUCUGCAGAGAGCAAAAACACUCUUUUAACCAACAUGUUUACUGGUGGAUACUCUGCGCCAUGUUAUCAGUCAGACGGCAGGAUACAAUGAUGCUUUCGGGAGGAACACGAUGUAUAGUCCACAUGCUAAUGGGGGGUGGCAAGAUGCAACAACUCCGUCUUCUGUAAUAUCUCCGACAGAAGGACCCGGAAGUGUGCACUCCGAGACCUCGAAUUGAUCCGCUAUUAAUGCAUCUUCGCCUCAAGCUGGGCAUGGACUCUUUUCACUGGCUACACCAACUGCAGAGGAUUAUACGACGAAAAAAAAAACACUUUUCACGACAGAUUGGUUUUUCCUGUACCUUAAAAUGUCCCUCAAACCACGAACGACACCCUCCAUCAUUAACACCGAGUGUUUGCUGAUCGUUCAGUGUUUACUUUCCGUCCACACCAAUCCGAUGUAAUCACCAUGCUCUUAUUUGUCUGUCGUAGGGGUAAGCACACACAUGUACAAACAGAAAAACAGCUCUCAGAUGACACUCGGUAAACUUUCAGGAUAAUUAGCUCCGCUCGACUCAAAACACUGGAUGACACCCGCGCAUUUCAUGUGACAUUUUAAACGGCCAUUCGUUUGUUUCUUGAUUUAAUUACGACUCCCAUUUUGAUAAUUGGGUUCUCUUUCAGUUCUUACAAUACAUAGAUUAAAGCAGCUGUUUCUUUGACUUUAAUGUGCUCGCAUUCUUGUCCAGCAACUCAACAAUGCUACUGUUGACAGCUCAAUGGCAGCUUUGUAUUUACUUUCAAGAUUUAUUUUCGCCGUACAGCCGUAUACAUUAGUAGAAGGAAAUGGUUAUUCAAACUCGGGAACAUAAAGAAGUGUAAUUGAUUGCUCGACUACAACAUGACACUGUUCCAUAUUUUAUAAUUUGAUGUUUAGUAUGUACAUAUGUAAACAAUUGUUUUUGUACUGCUUAUCAACAGAUCCCACACAGUAUAUCAUUCCGUCACGGCACACAGGAGCAGGCCCCCGUUACACAGGAAAAGUUGUACAUAAUAUAGCUUAAGAGUAAUUAUACAUCCCACCAAUCAAUACACAGCUUUAUUACCUCAUUCAAAUUCAUAAAAAAACAAUAAUUUCCCACAUUUCAGUAGAUUAGAGUGCUCACUUACUACCUCUAAACAACAUCACCACGUUCAUGUUUCUUUUUGUAGUUACUUUGAUUCCAUCGUGUAACUCUUCAUCCUCUAUGUAAUCUAAUGUAUAUUUUAAUCUUUUAAUAAAAUGCCGUUGCUGUACCGCAACUUAAAAUGACAAAAAUAUAAAAAAUGAAAAUGAUAAUAUUAAUACCAUGAAAAAGAGAUGGGU